AUGCUGAGCCUCACCUACUUGGAGGUGUACAACAGCCACAAUGGCCACCAUGUCAGGAUACCCAAGCCUGUCCGCUUCCAUCUGGUCGGCGAGUUCAAGCUGUUCGUCGCCCUGAGCUUCGGCAUCGCCGACGACGCCAACUUGUUCUUGCUCACCCUGUUUGGCAUCCGCCUCAACUACGGCCUCGUCAACGAAGUCCUGGACGUCUACGUGUUUGAUCGCCUGAUAUUUGCCGUCACCGGCCUGACCCCGGCCCCGGAACUGGCGCUAGUGGGCGACGAGGCGCCCCCGCCACCGUCACCGCCUACGGACCCUCGUCACCAGCCGGGGUACGCCAAAACGGUGUAUAUUGACGGCCAGCUGAUUGCCAGCGCCGCCAAUGAUGUCGUGAAACAGGUGAACGUCAUGUUUACCGCGUUGAAUGUCAUAUUCCAAUUUGGCACUAAUUAUACCCAAGAGAUCGACCGCAAGUGGUUUGCGCCCAAACUCCAGGAAGUGAGAGGGCUCAACGAUAAGACGCUUGCCGUGCUGUGGAGCCAGCACUUUUCCCGGUUGAAGAAACUACCGCCGGUGGAAAUCGCCCCGGAAGAGAAACUAACCCUCCACCAAUACCUCGAUAGCACCCAGCUCGCCGACGCCGCUAACUACUCUAAUACCCAUUUGCUGGGGCUCAUUGACCAUUUCAACCGCAUGAACCGCGCCUACCAACUGUGUCUCGCCGACAACUCCGACAUCGACGCCGAGAUCGCCCAGCUUCGCCAGCUGCUGAGGCAGAAGUUUGCUCAUGUCGACGUCGACGAGCUUGUGGCCCAGCUUGCGGCGGCUAAAGACAGCGGCGAUGCUGCCAAGGCGUACGAGGCCGCCACCGCGAUAUAUACCCACUACCAGCAGGCGCGCCAGUUUAAACAACACCUCACCACGGCGCUGGCAGCGAUCUUCCGCAAAAUCGCCCAGGUGCAGAUGAAAAUGGUGGAAAUAAAACAGGCCGUCCAGCAAGUUGGGCUGCUUGACCAGGUGAAACGCGGAGAAAACUUGUUGAGCUUGACCAUCGACCUUCCCAUGCUUGUCGGGUUUAUGAUGAUUGAGCAACGGCGUCAGUUCGAGUGGCACGACUACUUCGCCGGGGCUAUUGUCCUGGCAGUGCUGGAGCAAUUGGCGCUGGUGGUGGAGCAAGAACGGCUUUUCCGUCGCACCUGGCGGCGCAAGUUUGCUCCCUUCCUCGAGCUUUUCGUCGACGCCAACCACCUCGAUCUGCUGGUGCCGCAAGUGGACAUUCUGGUCGGGGGAGGGCAACCAGCCAGGAUGGGGCUCCGCGUCCAGGUAGAGCGGAAACACAUCACCAACUACAUCGCCCAGCUUGAGUACGAGCCGAAGUUUGUCGAGGUUUUAGGCCGCGAGUACCGCGAUUUGGUGUCGCGUAACCACCACAUGGCGAAGAUGAACCGCAUCCUUCUGCUGUUUGCCACCGUGGCUCUCGAUGACGAUACCAGCAACUGGAACGACGACGCCCACCUCAUCAAGGGACUCAAGCUGCGCAUCAAAAAGCUCGAAAGUCUCCUCCACCAGUACCAAUACAAAAACCUCCUGCUGUGGCCGGUGAGCCAACGGGUGGCGGGGCUGACGAGUAACGGCCACAGCUCGCGCCCGACGCCGCUGGUGCAGCGGACGGUGCUGAGUCCGGUGACGACGAUGGCGGCCAGCGAUGAACGGGGCACCCUGGCGGCGGCAGCGCUGGCGCUCCUCGCCAACCCGAAAAGCGACCCGGUACAACUACUCAAGCGCCACUCGUUGCCGAUGCCGCUGCAGCAACUAGACUCGCUGGUGAUCGACAAGCAUCUCGAUAACAUCAGAUUGCGGCGGUCCAACGAGGAGGUGAUGACGCAAAACCACGAGCUUAGCGCCGAAAACGCCGAGCUCAAGCAGCAGUUGGCCGAACUUAAGCUUAAGCACGCGGAAGAAAUGGAACAGAUGCUGGGGGUGUUUGCCCGCGAGAAGCAGGCGUUGGUCGACAAGCACGAGCACACGGUGACCAAGCUUCAGCGCGAAUUGGGCGACGCCAAGGCGGCGCUUGAGGAGGCUCGGCUCGACGCCAAGCUCGACGCUAAGGAACGAGCGCUGCUCGAGGCUAAAGUGGAGUCGCGGGAUACCCGCAUUCGAGAGCUUGAAGUGGCUGCAGCCACAGCCGCUGCUACCACCGCCGCCACCACUACUACGGAGCAAGAGUCGCUUGAAGCGUACCGGGCGAUGAACGCCGACCUUAUCGCCAAUAUGACGGCCAAAGAACAAGAGUUUGGCCGUGAACGCCUGCAAUUAGAGCUGGAGAUUCGCCAGCUCCAAGGCCGACUUGAUGAAAUGCUGGAAGACCUUCUGGUGGUGAUGGGAUCGCAACAACCGACGGAGAUCGUCGUCGACCUCAACAACUUGAUCAUUCUGCUUGCGUCGCGGCUUAAACGGGCGGUGGAGCUUAUCCACAGCCAGUUCAUUGAGUUUUGCUUAGUGAUCGAGCUGAUGGGGUUGCUUUUAGUGGAGGACGAAGAGCACCGGUGCCGCAUCACACGGGUCAAGGGAUUACGAGCGAAGAAAGAAGAUGAGCUCGACUCGCCCGCCACUGAGGUCGCGGCCCUGGUGGCGACGUUGAUGGAGCUGAUGGCCCGCGUCGACAAGUUCACGCUGAUGGCGCCGCUGGACCAGAGCUGGGAGGCGAUGAAGGAGCACUCGCUCGAGUUGAUCGCCGAGUUCAACGCGUUGUUUGGUCCCGAACUGGCGGUCGACCGCGUGGUGCUGUUUUUGGAGUUUUCCGAUAACGUCCACCUCCAGGACGAUCUGCUCGACCGGCGGUUUUUCCUCAAUGCCGUCACUCGCCGGUUCCGCGACGUCGAAGGGUUUGCUAAGCGGCAGAAUAAGGAGAAUAAGCAGAAGCAGCAGGAGGUGAACCGGUUGGUGGCCAAGCUCAGCCACAAGAUCACCAUCAGCGGGUUUUCCGUGGGGGACUUGGUGCUAUUCCUCCCUACACGCAUCGACAGCCAGCCCCAGGAGGCGGCGCCGUGGGCGGCGUUCAACGUGGGCGCCCCCCACUACUUCCUCGACGGCGGCGGCGACGGCGAGUGGAUGGUGGGCCGCGUCGAGCUGAUUGUCGAGCACAAAGUGACGCUGGAAAACGCCAGCAGCAGUGACGCCAACCCGUUUGCGUUGAGUGUGGGCGUGGUGUGGUACAUGAUCACUGCGACGAAGCAAUGCGGGUAA